GUUCAAAAUCCCAUAAUGUGUGAGAGCUGUCAAGUUUUGAAACGUCCUCAUGGGCGCCAGAUACGUACUCUGCAAACUACUUCAAACGAGAACAUUUCUUGCUCUGCGAUGGAAUCCUGCAAUUUGUGUGAACAUAAAUAUGACAAACUAUUUAAAACUGGUGAAAAAUUGCUUGGCGUACAAUUGGGCAACGUCAUAAAACUUCUAUUGGCUGACCAUCAAGCUGAAAUCCCACCAAAGUUUCUUAUCUGCAUUGAAUGUUCAUUGGCGCUUAUACAAGCAGAGAUAGUUUUAAAACGUCUUUCAAACGCCUUGUCUUGUACACGAACAUCUCAGGAUAACCAAUUGAAGGCUCAGAGCAACGUUGAACCGGAAGGCCAAAAGAGUAAAAGUUUGUAUAAGUCAACAAAGGAAGGACAAAAUGAAAUUGUCUGCGAUUUGGAUAACUAUUUAAUUGAUUUGAAGUUUAAUUGUACCUACUGUAAAUUUACAACAACCAAACCAAAAGUGUACAAAAAACAUUUAAUAACCAAACAUGAGGUGGAUAAUCCACGUAUUUACCAGUGCCCUCAUUGCACGGUGACAUAUAAACGUGCGAAUGCAAUACGAAAUCACAUUUGCUUCGUACAUGACAACAAACCGCAACCGAAACGACAGCGCCGUAAAACUAUUGCCGUUGAUACGCCGGCAUUGCUGAGCAGUACCAGCCUUCACAAUGAUGUGGAUAAUGAUGCUUCAGAAGCUAACAAGACAUGUGAUGGUAACCAAGGAAAUGGUGAAAAUUUACCUUAUGAAUUUGAUUGCGCCCAUUGCAAAUAUAAAACAGUGAAUUCAAAAUGGUUCAAAAAACAUUUACAAUUCAAACACCAAGACGAAGAUACCAGGAUAUAUAAGUGCAAGCAAUGCCCUAGUACAUACGUCCGACAAUUUGCACUGAUAAACCAUAUUGCUUAUGAACAUGAACAUAAACCGCGCCCCAAACCUCAGCGACGCAAGUCCAUAGCUACAGUUCUUGAACUUAACACCACAAUUGAUAAAGAAUUUUUAAUGCCGGAUACAGAUUUGAAAAUAGAACAUAAUAGUGACAAAGAAACUCAUGAGUUUGAUAACAAUAACCAAAUAGGAAUUAUAUCGGCUAAUAAAACCGCUGAUGAACAGCAAAACAGAGCAGAACUCACAUUCCAAGCACCUAAAAAAAGGAACCGAAAUCAAUUAAGUUCAAGUGAAACAUCUACGACAGAAUGGAUUUUCCAGUGCUCGAAUUGUGAUUUUGAAAGCGAAAAAAAGAAGAAAUACAGAACACAUUUGAGCACUCAGCAUGGUAUAAACGACAGCGAUAUUUAUAAAUGUCCUUACUGUUCUGCAUCAUACGAGCGCUAUAUAUUGUUACACAGUCACGUAAGAAAUAAACAUAGCAUUGAUUUAACGGCUUUGAAUGACAUGUCGGGUAUAGAUUCUAGUCAGGAAAACUUGGAGGUGCGCUCUAAAAAGAAACGGAAAAUGCAUGAAACACCAAAGAAAUCAAAAGAGUUUACACAUGCGGAAUGCAGUCAGACACGUAAACGGAAAAUCAGUAGAGGGAAAGAUUGGUCUAAUGAAUCUUUUCUUUUCUGUGGCAAACAAAAGAAAUCAUUAGAUAAGUUAGAUGGGAUAACUAAUUACCCCAAUUUGAAAAGUAAGAGUUAAGUUGUUCAGUGAAAAAUGUAUCAAUACAAAACUAGUAUACCAGUAUCUGGGCUGUAACACAUCGUCGAAAAUGUAGCUGCAUACACAUGUGAGAAACCCUAUAUACUAUAGCAAUUUGCUCUGGGAAACUAUCUAACAUCUUCGGCCCGCAUGAGCAUGUCUGAUGCUCGGUGUGCUUUUUUGGCUUUAGUAAAUCAUUCAUAAAAUUGUAUGAAUAUUUAGUAGGUAUGUAAUAAAAGCUUAUGUGUCAAAGCAGUUGAAGUUAAGGUUAUGUUUGCGACCGACCACAAUAUAUUAAAUAUGAAUUUUUAUAUCAUUAGUAUUUUAGUUGAACGUUAUUAUUAUAUAUGCUACUAUUGUGUGCCUUAAAUAACUAUCGCAUUACAGCAAAUAUGACGAGUUAUUAUACUUUAUUUUUAUCAUUUGAUUUAAAAAAAAAAUUUAUGAAAAUAUAGUUCAUUCUCAUAUAAAAACCAUAUAAAUCCAAUUUUCAAACUUUGUGCAAAUUUAAAAAAAAGUCGACAAAUUUUGAUAAAUUUUACUCUUUUUAGUCAGAAUAAAAAAAAAUCGAGUAUGCAGCUUAGGUAUAACAAAUUUAAUUUUUACUUUAGCUGACCAAACACAGUCAAAUUCGAUUUAAAAAUAAUAUAUUUCGAGCAUUCGCUAGAUAGGUAGAAUAAGAAUGACAAGACCACCAGCUGCUAGUAUGCUGUUACAAAAACAACUGCCAGCAAAACAAAUCACAAAAAUCAGCGCUUAUUAUUAUUUUCACUUCAAACUUAGACUUUACUAAACCAAAAUUCAAUGAGCUUACAACUCCAUUCACGAAAUUUUCCAAAAAAACUCUGAUUAAAAAAUGUGAAGUUUUGUUGAAUUUUGUUUUUUUUUUCAAAAUCCGGAACGUUCGAAAUAUUAUUUUUGUUUUAGUUUUUUAUUUUCUAUUUUCGUUAACAAGAAGUUAUUUUUUCAAAUUAGUGCACAUAUUCACCAGACUCAUUUGAAAGAGCGAACCUUUCACUAUAAUAACGAAUAAGUAAAAUUAUUACUUUUACGGAAAGUUCUGUUACAAGAUAUAAGAAAGGACCCUGAUAAAAUUUCUGUAAUUCAGAUAUAUUUUACAAAUAAAUCCAUAUUCUUAUGGGAACUUUUUCAAUGACAACCUA